AUGCCUGAAGUCUACACAACCGACCACUCUGCCUCAGUCCUGCGCACCCACAGCUGGCGCACGGUGUCCAACUCAGCACCUCACCUCCUCCCACACCUCAAGCCAAACCAACAGAUUUUGGAUGUAGGCUGUGGUCCAGGAUCAAUUACGAUCUCGAUAGCCAAACACGUACCGACCGGCCAUGUGACUGGCGUGGAAUACGUAUCAGAUCCACUCGAAGGCGCCCGCGAACUAGCCAUAGCAGAGGGUGUCACCAACACCACCUUCCAAGAAGGCAAUAUCCACGCUCUCCCAUUUGAAGAUGACAGCUUCGACAUUGUGCACGCGCAUCAGGUGCUGCAGCACAUUCAAGAUCCAGUGCACGCGCUGAAGGAGAUGCGGCGAGUCACCAAGAAAGGCGGCAUCGUUGCUUGUCGCGAGUCAGCAGAGCUGACUUGGUUCCCCGAGUCUGUGGGUAUCGCCAAGUGGCGCGAGGUCACGGAGCGGAUGCAGAGUGCCAAGGGCGGCUACCCGCAUCCCGGACGAAUGAUCCAUAUGUGGGCACGUGAGGCGGGAUUCUCAGAUGUGAAGAGGAGCGCUGGGGCUUGGUGCUUUGGAGAUGAUGCGGAGAGGGCAUACUGGGGCGGGUCAAUGGAAGAGCGAGCAAGGUCCUCUGGAUUUGCUAGAGAUGUUGUUGAGGAAGGGUUUGGGAGACCUGAUGAUCUGGAGACUAUCGCGCAGGGGUGGAGAGCGUUUGUACAGGAUCAAGAUGCCUGGUUCGGACUGUUGCAUGGGGAGAUCAUUUGUCGGAAAUGA